UAGCCCAAUUCGUCUAACGAAACACCCGCCCCGCCCCGCACGCAGCAGAAAUGGAACGCAACAAUCAACGUUUGAAUUGAUUUUCCCCAAAUUCCCCAUUUCUUCCUUCUUUCCUUCUCUCCUCUUCUUCCCCAAACCCUAAUUCUCAAAACCCUUCUUCCCAAUUAUAUAUAUAUAUAUCUUAUCAAUUCAAUUCUAUACAUACAUAUAGAUAUAGAGAGAGAAAGGAGAGAAGGGUUCAUGGCGGCGACUAUUGAAGGACAAGAUAGGGUUCUUGCAGCAGCUCAACAGAUCGUCAAGAGUCUCAACACCUCUACAAAUGUUGAUACGGAAGAUAUGCUUAUGAUUUUAUCUAAUUUUGAUAAUCGUUUGUCUAAGCUUUCUAAUAUGAUGACCACGACCACCACUUCAUCUUCAUCAACUCCUACAUCCGCCAGAUCAGCUGCUGCCCUUGCUGGAACCGAUCAUUCUUCUACUGAUCUUGUGUUUGAAGAGGCUGCAAAGCUUGUGUUUGAAUGGGACUCUCCUCCUAACGCCGAUCCUGAAUCCACCUCUGAAUAUCUCAACGCUGUUGACGAGAUUAUUAGGAAGACUGAGGAUCUGAGUGUUCUGUCGCCCGAAAUGGACCGGGCUGAGGCUGCUCUUCAGCAUGCUAUGGCUCAUUUGGAGGAGGAGUUUCGUCAUGUUCUCAUUGGAAAUACUGUUCCUUUUGAUGCUAGCCGUCUCCAUGAGUCCUCUUUUAUUCGCCGUUGUUCUAUCUCUUCAUCUGCUGUUGCAAUUCCUGAUUUUGAAACAGGUACUUUGUCUGAGGAUCAGGAGGAUGUUAGCAGUGCAAGGUACAAUCAUGUCAAAGGGAAGAGCCUUGGAGCGGAUGAUUUCUCGCUUGAUUUGGUGUAUGCGGAUGCUAUUAUUGAUCUGAGAGAGAUUGCUAACCGUAUGAUUAAAUCUGGAUAUGAAAAGGAAUGUUGCCAGGUGUACUCUAGUGUUCGCAGAGAGGUGCUUGACGAGUGUUUAGCAAUUCUUGGCAUUGAGAAACUGAGCAUUGAGGAGGUCCAUAGGAUUGAUUGGCAGUCGCUGGAUGAGAAAAUGAAAAAAUGGAUUUAUGCUGUAAAAGUUCUGGUGAGGAUUCUUCUAUCUGCUGAAAAGAGCUUAUGUGACCAGGUUUUUGGAGACUCGGAGUUGAUUAAAGAAGUGUGCUUUAUGGAAACUGCAAAGGGCUGUGUAAUGCAGCUCUUGAAUUUUGGAGAAGCUGUGGCAAUAGGGCGAAGGUCGUCUGAGAAGUUAUUUAGGAUUCUGGAUAUGCAUGAUGCCCUGGCAGAUGUUUUGUCUGACAUAGAGCUGCUUUUUAGUGAUGAAGAUGGUGAAUUGGUGUGUGGUGAGGCAAAGGGGGUGUUAGAUGGCCUAGGAGAAGCAGCUAUUGGGACAUUUGUGGAGUUUGAAAAUGCUGUUGAGCGGGAGAUUUCAAAGAAACCAACACAAGGCGGUGAAAUCCAUCCAUUGACUCGUUAUGUUAUGAAUUAUGUGAAAUUGCUGGUUGAUUAUAGUGAUACAUUGAAUGGACUUUUAGAGAAGUUGGAGAGUGACACAGAAUAUGGCUCUUCCGCAGCUGAUAAUGGUGAUAACUUGGAGUUGGAGAAUGUUGCACCACUGGCCAGGCGGUUGAUGUUACUGAUCAAGUCUUUGGAAGGUAAUCUGGAGGGGAAGUCGAGAAUGUAUGAAGAUUGUGGAAUGCCGUAUAUAUUUUUGAUGAAUAAUGUACAUUACAUCGUUCAGAAAGUGAAAGAUUCAGAGCUUCAAAAACUUUUAGGUGAUCAGUGGGUCAGAAAGCGGAAGGGUCAGAUUCGACAACAUGCUACAAGCUAUCUUAGAGCUUCAUGGAGCAAGGUUUUAUCUUGUUUGAAAGAUGAAGGGCUUAGCGGAAGCUCUAGCAAUGCUUCAAAGGUAGCCCUCAAGGAGAGGUUUAAGAACUUCAACGCAUGUUUCGAAGAAAUUUACAGAAUCCAGACUGGUUGGAAGGUCCCAGAUGCUCAACUGCGCGAAGAACUCAGGAUUUCUAUUUCUGAAAAGGUGCUUCCUGCAUAUCGCUCAUUUCUAGGAAGAUUUGGGGGUCAUUUAGAGAGUGGAAGAAAUGCUGGGAAGUACAUAAAGUAUACUCUAGAGGACUUAGAAGGUUAUUUGUUGGAUCUAUUUGAAGGAACACCUCUUGUUUUGCACCAUAUGAGAAGAAAAGGCACAUAAGGUGCAGGUCUUUGGAGACAGGUAUGCCUCCUUUCUAAGGACUAGCGUGUCUAGAGUAUAGGCUGGGGAUGUUCUGUUUCUUUGUUGAUCUCGAUGUGUUAAAAAGCAAAUUCGAUGAGACUAGCUACACUCUUAUUCACUUCUGUAAUAACUCUGUGAGAUGUAUAUGUAUUAUAUUUGAGAUCUGCUGAUACAAUGGUGUAUCCUUUGUGCUCUUCAGACCAUAAUUUCAUCAUUUGGUUAGGAUACUUGGUAA